CAUAAAUUUGCUUCAUUCAGCGAGAAACAUUCUCAGUGAUCAGGGUGUGUUUAUAACUGAAGGAUAAUAUUUGUGUUUUAUUAGUUCACAAUAAUAAUAACGAAAUUCUCAAUUAUGCAAAUUGAACUAUUUUUACUAGUGGCCACGGGAUUGUUUGCCACGGUCACAGCGGACUGGCGGAUUCAAACAGUGGAUGAUCUUCUGCGAAAUCGCAACAAAUGUAUUAAAAUACUCAACCUGGACGAUGGAUUGUCGGAGGAUUUUGGCUUUUUCGACUUCGUUGAACAGGAUCAGGCCAAAUGCAUGAUCAAGUGCAUCAUGAAUAGAAUGGGUCUAUUCAACGACAAACGUGGACCUCACGUCGGACGACUAGUUAGACAGAUGAAGUUUGCCUCACUUUCCAGUACGAAGGAUAUCCGAAAUGAAAUCAUGAACUGCGUCUAUCAGGAUAUGGAAAUGAAUCCAACCGAUGGGUGCGAAAGGGCAUAUGCGUUGUACCAGUGCAUCCAGAGUAGUAACCUACUGCUAAUGAGAUCACCCGAUGCUGAGACGUGAUCGAAAACCACUUUGUCUGAUUAAGCAAACUGUGCCGGCAUUAGUCAGUCGGGUCGAUAGCAUAAUAAUUCUAAACGGAAAGGAUUGCUGUAGCAGAUAAGACCAACACAUCAAAAUAGUAUGCUCGGGAAGCCCGUCAAUCACGCCACAUCACAGCUAAUCAGCAGCAUUGAAUGUUGUUGGAAGUCACGCGAUCAGAGCAUUUCCAUUGAUGGUAAUUAAACUCAUUAAAUCAUCCCAUCAUCAUUGGUGUCACUACAAAUUCUACAAAAGAACUGAACAAAUAUACUAAACUUAUAGGUUUAAAUUCAGGAUGUGUGUAUAAGUGCAGGUAUUCAACAUUAUGCUGUCUUGCGAUUACAUUUUUAUCUCUCGUACGAGUAUUUUGUGUGUAAAUCUAUGUAUAAGCCAAAUAAAAGAUUAUUUUAAUCGUAUACUGUACCAAAAUAA